CCUGGACGGUUCCCGUGCGUAAGACGUUAGUAGGUUUACAACAAUAGGAGUGAGACGUCGCCGCGCCGCGAAGAUGCGCGCUUGCGCAUUUUUGACAAGUGGGCGCCGUCCUCAAUUGUUCGCUUGUUCGCGUAAUUAGCCUGAGAGCAGCGUUUCUCUUUCUCCUUCGUACAUCUCUAACCCGAGACAUGACUGAACUACGUGUAGAGCCGAAACAUAUGACGACGGAUGGAGGCGCAUGGCUCCUCGUACUGAGCUCCGUGUUCUUAUGCAACCUCCUCAAAAUCCUCUUGCCCUCCUGCUCUUCCAUUAUAUCUAGGUUUCUACAAAAGGAUGCUGAGCAGGAAUCAGAAAUGCGAUCUGAAAUCCAGAACAUGAAGCAAGAACUUUCUACCAUUAGUAUGAUGGAUGAAUUUGCCAGAUAUGCUAGACUGGAAAGGAAAAUUAAUAAAAUGACUGAUAAGCUUAAGACUCAUGUGAAAACACGAACUGCUCAACUAGCCAAAAUAAAGUGGGUAAUAAAUAUUGUGUUCUACAUUUUACAAGCUGCCCUAAUGAUCUCGCUAAUUUGGAAAUAUUACUCUGAACCAGUUACUGUGCUCCCAAGCAAAUGGCUAGCCCCUUUAGAACGUUUAGUAGCUUUUCCAACAGGAGUGGCAGGUGGUGUUGGAAUUACAUGUUGGUUGGUGGUUUGCAACAAAGUUGUUGCCAUUUUGCUUCACCCAUUCAGCUGAGAAAGAAACAAGUCUCACUUUCAGCAAUUUUGAACUCUGUCGGGGUUUUUUUUUUCCAGUAUGCUGCUAUGACAGGAGAUAAAUAUCAUCAAGAAUGUGAAAGACUAGAAGGAUGCAGCUUUUAAGUUAAAAUAAUAAAACAAUUAUUUAAAAAUUCUCUUCAGUUUUAUGGAAUUAACAAUAUUUGUGAAUGUGCAACUCCUUAAUUCUUGUUUACUUCAUAGGCUGAAUAUUAGAUUAUUUAAAUACAACUUCUAUUACAACCAAUGAGUUGUGCUUCUUAUAAUGCAAUAAUUUCCUUCCAUUCUUAGAUGAUGUGUAGGAUAUAUAUUGAAUAUGAAAUGUUACUGUGCUUGACUUUAUAUUUUUUAUUUCUAUUAUUCUCAUCUGUUCUUCCUCUCAGAGGAACACAGUUUGCAAAAGAAAAAGAAAAAUAGUCAAAAUCAUUUCAGGAAAGCAAGAGUACUUAAAAUAAUAAAUACAAAAAAUGAAAACAAACAUAUUUAAGAAUUUUUUUCCACUUAAGAGUAUAAAAGGCUUAUUUCAAAAAUUUUAAGUUUAUAAUGCAUAUUCUUGGGUGUGUUAUCUUAUCCACACUUUUCUUCAUUUUGCAUUUUGAGUAUCACUAAACAUGUGGCAGCCCCCAGCUGACUGGCUGAUCUCAAGCUGAGCAGGGUCAGUCAUAGAUAGUUCUUGAAUGAGAACAUCAACAAAUCCCAAGAUUGUAGACAAGCCUGGGAUGUCCAAAAAAAAGUCCUGGAAGAAGGCAAUGACAAACCACUUCCAUAUUGUUGCUAAGAAAAAUACAGAUGCCAUGUAGUCAAUAGAUAUUGUACUCAGUCUGAGGGAGGUUUAAAUGUGUGAAUACUGGUUAUUCUCUGUUAACAUAUAUAAUGAUAAAUAACAAUUUGUACAUAAUUCUUCUAUUCAGUUGUAACUAAACUCUGAAUAACAUCAGGCUGUAUAAGUUCCCUUUGCUAGCUUUUGUUCUUCCACUCUGAUCUGUUUGGCUACAUUUCCCUGUAUGGCACUUUUAUUUCCCAAGUUUCAAUAAAAAGCCAA